AUGUCGUUUACUAUCAAAAACCACGCUGGCCAACUCCGACCGCUUCCGGCUUACGCCGGUGCCGUCGUCGGAUUAGCUGUCUUCGCCGCUAUCUUUCUUGUGGAUCCUACUUCUGCAAGGAGACCUCACGUCAUCAAUUUCCGAGCUCAUAAUCUCUACCCUGAAUCCUUUGUAUGGGAUCCAAAGGACCAACACUUCAUCGUCGGAUCACUCCGCCAUCCAAGUCUCCAGUCCGUCUCCGACGCCGGCGUAUCCGAAACGCUCAUCUCCGAUCCUUCCCUCCCGCCUAAUACUUCCUUCCUAGGGCUCUCAAUCGACCGCCAGCGCCGCCGCGUGCUUGUUUGCGUCCACCGUCAAUCUUCCCCGCCAUUCAACGCCCUCGCCUCUUACGAAAUCUCUUCCGGAAAGCGUAUCUUCUUGACCCCCCUCGUCGGAGACUCCGAGUCACACGACGUCGCCAACGAUGUCGCCGUCGAUUACUCCGGGAACGCGUUCGUCACCAACUCGGGAGCCGACCUAAUCUGGAAAGUCAACGUCGAUGGGGAAGCAUCAAUCCUAUCGAAAUCCAAAGUCUUCAAAUCUCAUCCGGUGGACGAAACCGCAUUCUACCACAAGUGCGGCUUAAACGGUGUCGUCUACCACUCAAAUGGAUAUCUGUUAGUUGUCCAAUCAAACACCGGGAAGCUAUACAAAGUCGACACCGACAGCGGCAGCGCAAAGACGGUGAUAUUGAACAAGGAUAUCACGGCGGCUGACGGCGUCGCCAUCAGAAACGACGGAGUUUUAGUGGCGGCGAGCCACUCAAAGAUGUAUUUCUUGAAAAGUCAAGACGGCUGGAGCGAGGGUGUAGUAUUUGACGAAACUGCCCUUGAGGUUGAGAAGCAGACGAGCGCCGUAGCAGUGGGAGAGCAGAACAGGGUGUAUGCGUUAUAUGGGUACGUGUAUGAGGGCAUGAUGGGAAAUUCAAAGAGGGAUGAGUUUGGCAUUGAGGAGAUUGAGUCUGAGGUAGAGAAUAAAGGGGAGAAAAUUUGGAUUUAUGUUUUGAUUGGUUUGGGGAUGACUUAUUUCAUGAUCUGGAGAUUCCAAAUGAAGAAGCUCGUUAGGGAUAUGAACAAGAAAAAAAACUGA